AUGGUUUCUGAUUCUACGCCUAUUCUCACCCCAAUCGACGAAGACGACGACACCCAACUGCCCGCCUCAGUGAAAGAUGAUGGAAACGAUCAUCCUAGUACAGCCAGAAAAGCCCUCUUAUCCUUCAGGACGGACGCCGCCUCCUCCUGGGAUUCCCGCCGGAACUCUCCCUCAACCACCGCUAUUUUCAUAUCCCUCGUCAUCUCCACCUGUAUUGCCCUCUCCGCCGCCAUAGCCUUUGGUUUCCUGUUCUUCCACGCGUCCUCACCCGACCCGAACUCCACCGACGAGACCUCCCGCCCUCUUUCGAAACUCAAGCACCCCGUGGUUUUACUAAUCUCGUCAGACGGGUUUCGUUUCGGGUACCAAUUCAAGACAAAUACCCCCAACAUCCACCGGCUAAUCCACAACGGGACCGAAGCCCGAUUAGGCCUGAUCCCGGUCUUCCCGACGCUGACUUUCCCAAACCAUUACUCCAUCGUCACAGGUCUGUACCCCGCCUACCACGGAAUCCCCAUCUGGGAGACCGUGGCCCGCCACGGAUUGAAGGCCUCGACUUAUUUCUGGCCCGGUGCCGAGGUUAAACGGGCCUUCUGGGACUGCCCUGAAAAAUACUGCAUGUUUUACAACAGCUCGGUGCCUUUUGAGAACCGAGUCGACUCAGUCCUUAGCUACUUCGAUUUGCCAGACAAUGAAAUCCCUUCAUUCAUGACGCUCUACUUCGAGGACCCGGAUAGCCAGGGACACCACGUGGGGCCCGACGACCCGCGAAUCACAAAAGCCAUUGCCGGAGUUGACUCAAUGCUCGGGAGGCUAAUAACCGGUUUAGAAGAAAAAGGUGUUUUUGAGGAUGUGAAUGUGAUUUUAGUCGGGGACCAUGGGAUGGUGGGUACAUGUGACCGAAAAUUGGUUUUCUUGGAUGAGCUGGCGGAUUGGAUGGAGAUUCCGAAAGAAUGGGUGUAUUCGUACAGCCCAUUGCUUGCUAUCCGGCCGCCUGCCGGAAUCUCGCCGGAGGAGGUAGCGAGGAAGAUGAACGAGGGGUUGAGGUCGGGGAAAGUCGAGAAUGGCGAGUAUUUGAGGGUUUAUCUCAAGGAGGAGCUUCCGAGAAGGCUUCACUAUUGGGAGAGUGAUCGGAUUCCGCCGAUUAUUGGGUUAGUUGAGGAGGGUUUUAAGGUGGAGCAGACGAGUUCGGGAAAGAAAGAGUGUGGGGGUUCGCACGGGUAUGACAAUGCGUUUUUUUCCAUGAGGACGGUUUUUGUGGGCCACGGCCCGCGGUUUGGGAGGGGAAAGAAGGUUCCGUCCUUUGAGAAUGUUGAGAUUUAUAAUUUGGUGACGGAUAUUUUGAACAUUAGUGGGGUUCCAAACAAUGGGUCGGUUUCGUUUCCAAAGAGCGUUCUUUUACCUAGGAAUUGA